AUGUAUAAAAGCCAGAUAAUGUGGGAGACAAAGGCUAUAGCUAAAACUAAAAGAAGAUCUCUUGUGAACUUUGAGAUUCAAGAUUGAACAAAAAUGGGUGCUGGUGGCAAUAUGUCUACUCCAACAACUAAAGCAGAAGAGAAGAAAAAUUCUCUCGAAAGAGUGCCAAUUUCGAAGCCUCCAUUUACAAUUGGUGAUAUCAAGAAGGCUAUCCCUCCUCACUGCUUUGAACGAUCUCUCAUUCGUUCGUCCUCCUAUCUUGUUCAGGAUCUCAUACUUGUCUACGUCUUUUAUUACAUUGCCUCCACUUACAUCCCUGUCCUUCCAACCCCGUAUCAGUAUCUAGCAUGGCCUCUUUACUGGAUCUUUCAAGGUUCUUUUAGCACCGGAUUAUGGGUCAUUGCCCACGAAUGCGGCCAUCAGUCCUUUAGUGAUUACCAAUGGCUGAAUGACACUGUUGGUUUCGUCCUCCACUCUGCACUUUUAACACCAUAUUUCUCAUGGAAAUACAGUCAUCGUCGUCACCAUGCCAACACUAAUUCCCUUGAGAACGAUGAAAAUCAUGUCCCUAAGCUUAAAACCAAACUAAGAUGGUACACCAAAUUAUACAUAAAUAAUCCAGUAGGAAGAUUAUUCAUACUUAUGUUCACCCUCACUGCUGGCUUGCCUUUAUACUAUGCCAUCAAUGUAGCCGGUAAGCCCUAUGAGCGCUUUGCAAGUCACUAUGAUCCAUAUAGCCCGAUUUACAAUGACCGUGAGAGACUUCAAAUCAUCAUCUCAGAUGUAGGUUUGAUUGCAACUAGUUAUGUAUUGUAUCGCGUUGCUAUGGCACAAGGGCUAACUUGGCUCAUAUGUAUCUAUGGGGUGCCAGUCGUAAUUGUGAACAGCUUCAUAGUGUUGAUCACUUUAUUACACCAUACUCACCUUUCAUUGCCACACUAUGAUUCGUCCGAAUGGAGCUGGAUUCGAGGAGCUCUAGCUACUGUAGACAGGGACUACGGUGUGCUGACUAAGAUCUUCCACAACAUUACAGAUACACAUGUUUUGCAUCAUCUGUUCUCAAACAUACCACAUUACAAUGCAAUGGAGGCAACUAAAGCUAUCAAGCCAGUACUCGGAGAAUACUACCAAUUCGAUGGAACUCCAUUUUACAAAGCAAUAUGGAGGGAUUUUGAAUGCAUCUAUGUUGAGAAAGAUGAAGGAUCUCAAGACCAAGGCAUUUUCUGGUAUAAACAGAACUAGUAAAAGUGGAAAAUUCACCAAGAACUAGUUUGCUAGGAAUUGGCAAAAUGUUUUGAGUUGUGUGUUUUCAUAAUAAAGUACUGGAUUUGUAAUGUUGCUUUAAGCUUUAUUGUACAUUUUCAUUAUGAAAAUAAUAUCUUUUUUUUUUGGGGAACAA